AUUGUACGCUGACCGGGCUCGGGGUGCUGCCCUCGGGAUGCCCCCAGACGGUGCCCUGGGGGAGCUCCGCUCUUGUUGGCAGGUGCCAGCCAUCGCCCAUUUCUGCUCCCUGUUCCGCACCGCCUUCCAGCUGCCCGACUUCGAGAUAGAGGAAUUGGAGGAUGCCUUGCACAGAGAUGACGUGGAGUUCCUCAGUGAGUUGGUUGCAAGUCUGCUACAGGGCUGCUACCAGCGGCAAGAUAUCACGGCACAAACGUUUCAGGUAUACUUGGAAGACAUCAUUAGUUAUCGCUGGGAGCUGGAAGAGGGCAAGCCAAACCCCCUGAAGGGUGCCAACUUCCAUCAGCUGCCUCUGCACACACGACUUGAGAUUCUUCAUAGAUUGUGUGACUAUCGGCUUGAUGCAGAUGACGUGUUUGACCUACUCAAGGGUCUGGACGCAGACAGCCUACGCGUGGAACCCCUGGGAGAAGAUGCCAUCGGAAAUCUUUACUGGUAUUUUUAUGGGACUCGACUGUAUAAAGAGGAGCCUUCAUGGGAAAAGAGGCAGCAAGCUCUGCAAGAAGCAGCUGAAAUUGCAGCAACACCUGUACGGAAGAGGGGUCGCCCACCGAAAAAGAAGAAAUUGGAGGAAGCUGUAGUCAGUGAGAAGUUAGAAGUCAUUCAACUGACUCUCGAAGAAACAUCAAAGCAGAAUGCUGUGACGCCCGGUGAGGGCUCCUGGUCUCUAUUGUGCCAGACCGAGCAGGAAUGGAAGGAGGUAACAGAGAGCUUUAAGGACAAAGUUUCACCAAAAGAACGUCACUUGUAUAAGAUUCUCAGUGAGGAAUUUCUCCCAGAAAUCUGCAAUAUGAUUUCUCAGAAGGAAAUUAGAAUUCAGAAAGAACAGUCUAAGCUGGCAGCAAAAAGAUUGUCCGGCUAUUCAAGCUAUAGAAAUUCCAGGCUCAAGGAGCAGGAUCUGGAAAAAACACUGGAAGAGGGGGAAGACGAAAGGCAGCUAAUGAUGGUCGUUCAAAGAAAGGAGCAGGAACUCCUGCAGAAAGAAGAGAGGAAGAGAGUUUUGGAAGAGAAGGUGAAAUCUGUGGAAGAGCGUGCACGUAGGAGAAAGCUGAGAGAGGAACGGGCCUGGCUUUUGUCACAGGGCAAAGAGCUGCCCCCUGAACUAACACAAUUGGAACCUGGCUCACCUGUAAGAAUGGAUUACAGAACCCGAGAUCUAUUUAACUUUGAUCUGGAUGACCAUUACACAGGAAUGUACAAAGUUUUGGAUGCAGUGAAAGCUCACAAGGAUUCUUGGCCUUUCCUGGAACCAGUAGAUGAAUCUUAUGCUCCAAAUUAUUACAACAUCAUCACAAACCCUAUGGACAUAUCCAGGGUGGAACAGAGACUAUGUUCUGGAUACUACCUCACGAAGGAGCAAUUUGUCUGUGACAUAAAAGCAAUAUUCAAGAACUGUGCAAAGUAUAAUGGACAGGACAGUGAAUAUACUCGUAUGGCCGAGAAUGUGGAGCGCUGCUUCAAAAAAGCCUUGGUCAAACACCUACCUGAUGAUGAUGGUGACUCAGAUGGGGAGACAUGGAUUAGGACGGAUGAGGACAAAUCCCUGAAGAGGCGAAGCCAGAUCCGACGCUCCAAAGCUGGGGGCUGGAGGAAGAGCAAAGAAGAUGGGGGGAGGAAGAAGCAGUCCCCAGAGAUUGGAAAGCAUCCACUGUCUUCUCCCAUGCAGGAUGAGAUGGAGGGGCAUCCGGAUCCAACCAUGAUGAACCCAUCCAGAGGACAACCAUACCCUUACCAGCUGCAAUAUGGAGGCAUGCCAAGGCAAACAAUGCAUACAGCAAACAUGUCUUCGGCAGCUCACAUGCAUGCACCACUAAGAGGCUCGGACACGGGAUUAGGGUACAGACCUUUGAGAUUUCCUGAACCACAUUUGGGGGAUCCAGUUCGGCAUACCCAGAGCUAUAGCACACAGACUGCUCCAGGUACAACUGACCCUCGGGGUCAUGAACUAUUUGAAAAUACAACAAAGAAUUAUAGAAAUUCUCAUAGACCUUACAAUGCUCCAACCUCUCCCAGGGCCAGAAUGUCUUUGCAGGAUGAUGUCUCGCAACCUCAAACACCAUUUGUUGCAGGAUACAUGACACGACCCCCAUUCCAACCUCCUGGAUCUUACUAUCCACCCUAUAGAUUUGGACCCUCUCCUACCACAUGGAAUGGAAACACUACCCAUGAUCCACCACAAAGGGCAGGUCCUACCCCAUAUCCACCAUCUGUGGAUUCACACAUGGUGAGACCCCCUGGACCAAACUUUAAUAGCAGGCACACAUUCAGCACUCUAAGUAAUUCUAUGCUGGACAGUCCUGAAAUGGUAGCAAUGCAAAGACUCUCCUCACUCGCUUGCCCCCCAAGUUCGGAGUACCCUUCUCCAACACCACCCAUGCCCUACCCACCAGCAGAGAAGCAUGGCAUGCCCACACUCCAUCCACCAGCAGAAAGGUCUGUUGCACCUACACUUUUCCCACCAGAAGAGAAGCCUGAAGCCCGUGCUUUAUACCAGCCAACAGAGAAGCCUUGCACACCCACUUUAUACCUACCCAAAGAGAAACCUGGGUUACCUGUACAUUACCCACCAGAAGAGAAGGCUAAUACACUUGCACUACACCAACCAACAGAAAAUCCUGGUGCACCCAUUUUAUACCCACAAGAAGAGAAGCCUGGAACCACUGUGCCCUACCAAACAAGAGAGAAGCCAGAAGCUCCUAUCCUGUACCUGCCAGAAGAAAAACCUAGUGGACCUACAGAAUACCAGCCAACAGAAAAUUCUGUCUCGCCCACACUGUACCUAUCAGAAGAGAAGCCUGGCACACCUGCGCUAAACAAACCGAAAGAGAAGCCUAGUGCACCUGGACUGUGCUCACAAACUGAGAACUCUGGUACACCAGGUGCAACCAACCCACCAACAGACAAGACUUGUACAUCUAUGCCACACCCACCAGCAGAGUGUCCACCAUAUAUACCAACAAAAAAGUACCACCCAACUUUAGAGAAGCUUGAGAAAACUGUGUUUUAUCCACCAGCAGUCACACAGUCUACAAGCACACUGUAUCCAGCAGCAGAAGAGCCUUGUGUCUCUACGCUGUACCAACCAGCAGAGAAACCUAGAACACCCACUCCAUACCCAUCAACAGAGAAUCUACGAGCAACAACUCUGUUUUCACCAACAAAGAAGCCUGGUGCUCACAUGCUACAUCCAUCAACGGAUCCUUGUGAGCAUACGUCAUACCCACCAACAGAGAAGCCCGACACUCUAACAGUAUACCCACCAAAAAAGAAUUCUUGCUCUCCAACAUCAUACUCACUCAUUGAGAAGCCUGCUGAACCUGUGUUGUGCCCUCCAGCAGAGAACUCUUACACUCCUACAUCAUACCCAUCCACAGACAAACCCAUUACAAAAAACACAGAGGAGAUGUGCCAAGUUCCUACCAGAAAAAGAACAAGCAAGGCAUCGUCAAGGAAAGUUUUGUCUUCAUCUCCUGUGGUCCCAGUGAAAUCCAAGACCAAGUCACCAGCCACAGUUCUAUCUAAACCAAAUGCCCUACACACUAAUGGGGACUAUAGAAAACCAUGCACCUUUCAAGGCCCCCCACUACAAACAGAGGGUGUUGUAUCUGGUGUGUUCCAGGAGGGUGAAAAAUCAUGGUAUCCAGGUAAUGACAUGAAUACUGGUUCUGACCCUCCAUCACACAGUCCCCAUUAUAGGCAAGGAAGUAGAAAUGUAUUGGAAGAAAAAGCAGAAGAAGCAAGAUUAAAGGAAUCUGGGCAAAGUAAGCUAAAAAUGGAACACUCUUCUAUCCCUCAGCAGAAAGUGCUUCAUCCCUUGUCUGAUAUGUCCAGAUCAGAUACUAGGAGUAACUAUGUCUCAUGGAUGCCACCUGGCAAUAAGUCUGGGUAUGGCAUGCAUCAGAACCCAGGAGUGGAGAGACCUCUUGGGCCCCAUCAUUCUGGCUUUUCCCCUCAAAGAUUUGGGAAUUCACACCCUCAUGUUUAUCCAGGAACAUUUCCCAGGUAUCCACAGGGACCAGCAUAUGGUUAUCCACAUCCACAGCAAGUACAGAAUUCCUACCAGUCUUACCAGCGGCCUUCCUACUACCAACAGGAAUACCCACAUUGGCAGAGUAAUGUACAACAGUCCCCUCAAAACCGGGGUGGCUACACUGGAGCUCUUGGAGUCCAGGGGAUUGCAGAAUUGAAGACAAUACUAAUGUCCCCUCUUCUAGAGGGUGAGCCCAAGGCAGUGCCAGGUGAAAGCAAGGGGCAGACUGAUGAAGAGACUGAUGGUGCCUCAGACAGGGCUGAAAGUCCUAAACAAUUUUUGGAUUUGGAUAAUCACAAGAGACAAAGUGGUGGCUUUGUAUAUGGCGGUCCACAAAUGUGGGGCAGCCCCAACUUCCGUCCGCAUUCGAAUAUGAUGUCAUCACCAUCUUACCCAGCUCAACAACACUACCAACCUCAAGGGUACCAGCAACCACCACUACACACUUCACCUCACUCUGCUCAUGGACGUCCUAAUGGCCACACUCUACUAAGAUCUGGCUACCAACAUCCGGAGCACAGCAGGGGGCACUUUCAAGCUGUCAUGAUGGAGCAAAGUGGUGGGAUGCCAUCAUUUUCAAACAUGUACCGACCCCAAGAGAUGUCCUUACAAAUGCAGUCACCGUCAUUUCACAAGAACAGAGCCCUUGGUCAGGGUGAUAUGAUGCAGAAACCUCCAGCAGUGCCCCUGGACCAGACAUAACUUGUCAGUAUGACUCUGGAAGAAUAAGCUUUGUCUCAGAUGGCUGCCCAGGUUCCCACUGCCCAAUAGAGACUGUGCCUUGACGGAUUCUCUUCCACAUGUUAUCCGCUCUACACGAUCACUGCCACAUUUUCGUUGCGCUCUUUUCUCAUAGCUGCAACAGGACCAAAAUGCGUUCUGUUUUACCGUAACUAGCCAUCUAAGCGGUGCUUGGCCUGUCCAUCCUUAUAGGUAUUAUAGUGACAGGCUGUCUCAGGAAAUUUUAGUAAGCAGCAUUCAUGUGCACUGACUGUUUACACACUACGCUUUGUCUACACGUGUUUUCCAGUCUUCAUUCAAGUCUUAAAGUCUUAUCCUUUUUAUUAGUGUAUUGCGCCUCCAUACUUUGCCCUACUGUUUCCAUAUUGCCUUACUUGACCUGUCACAUGGUAGUGAAUUCCAUUUUUGGGACUGGAGAAUCCAUUGGAAAACAAAUUAACUCUGUGAUUGGCUGUCGUGAAGCACAUUUACAUUUAUUAUAGAAUUUAUCUGAUAAACAGACUCCCGGUAACCUGGUGGAUAGCAGGCACCAUCCCCAAGUUUUUGUUGCUAUAAAACGUAUCAGGCUGAAAUUUUACUAAGUGCCUGAUGUUACACAAAUGAAUGGAUUAUGUCUUUAUACAGAUGACACAAACUA